UUCAAUUUUGUUUGCGAAUCUUUUUGCAUGGUAUACCAACUAUUUUUAUACAUUGAUUUGAACACUGGCAGAUCUUCUGUGUUUUCUAUUGAGAGUAUUUUAAAUACUUGUCUUCGAAGCGUGCGGUUACCAUCCAAAUAGGGGUAGUUUGAGCUUACUCGUGGAGUUUUUGCUGAAUUAAAAAAGAUAGUUUAUAGAGAUCAUUGGAAGGCUUAAGAGUGUCUCCCUUCCCUAGCCCAAUUCAAUCUAUCACACCAGGAAACCAACCCAAAAACAGUCCUUAGAAGCAAAACAAAACAAGCCAAGAUCCAACCCAUUUGGACAUCUUGCCGAAAAACCUCAUUCACGAUUCAUCAAUCUCAUCACUCAUUGGGUAAUUCAUCAUCCUAUCAGAACUGUCGAAGCAGAGUUGAACUGGAUCUCAAUUGGAAUAGUACAUAUCUAUUUGCACAUCAUACGCAUCAAACUUAACCAUCAUCAUCAUAUCGAAUCUUGAGGAGCUGCAGGGUAUAGAGAGUAUCAAACAUGGACUAUGAUUCGGAAUCAGGAGGGGGUCUGGGUGCGAGUAGCAUGCAGGGCCUGAUGAUGCAGAACACGGAGCUUAGGCGGAAGCUGGAGGAGCAGAAUGACAGUUACAAGAGUAAACUAGCCGCUUACCAGGAGGGUCAGAGCAAACAAACGGAGAUCGUGAAGAAACUGCAACAGAAGUUGCUGCAAUACAAGAAGAAAUGUGGGGAAUUAGAGACGAUGUUGAACGAGCGAGCGAGGGAGAGUGACCAGACUAGGGUGGAGUUGCAGUCGGUGCAGGACCAGCUGUCGACCAGAGUUGAGGACGCGGAGAACAAGUUGAGAAGGGCCGAACAUGACCACAACUUAGAUCUGGAGAGUGCGCUCAUUAAACUCGAGGAGGAGCAGCAGAGGUCUCUGAGUCUGAACCAGAUGAACACUCUGCUGUCUGACCAGCUGAAGGAGGCGACCACAGUGAAUGGACAGCUGCAGAGGGACAUUGAGAAGAUGAGCAGUGAGUGGCAGAGACAGAAGGCCGAACUGGAGAACAUGGAGUCCGAGUGGAGGGACGAGGAGAGGGCGUUCAACGAGUACUUCUCCAAUGAGCAUGCCCGUCUGCUGACUCUGUGGCGAGCAGUGGUCGCAUUCAGGAGGUCAUUCUCGGAACUGAAGAGCUCCACCGAAAAGGACAUGACGGCAGUGCGUGGUGAGAUCUCGAAGGCAGCUCGCAAUGUGCAAUCGGCGUGCAUGAACCUGACCUCUAAUCUGAAGCACGAAGAGAGCAACAUGGCGAUGGAGAUGGAGAGACUGGGGAGGGACAAGCAGGUACUGGAGGACCAGUUGAGGGAGAAGGCGAGACAGCAGCAGGAGUUGAGCAGUCAGUGGGACCUGGAGAGGAACCACCUCAACCACAAAAUGAACGAAGUCGGAUCUGCAGCUGAGAGUCUGAAGGAGGAGCUGAACCAGAAGAACGUACAGCUCAAGAAAUACAUCGACACCUAUGGCGAUGACUCUCCUAAGAUGAUGGACAUGAAAAGACAGAAUGAGGUGCUGAACCAGAGCAUGAGGGACAUCGCACAGAUUGUGAUCAACGAUGCUAACACCACCAAUUCCCUGUUCGGCGACGAGUUCGACACUGCGGAUGAGCUGCCGAAGCUGAGAGCGAGACUAGACAGAAGUGUGUCUCCUGCCAGAGGACGAUCCGGAAGAUCCCACUCGCCCGCCCUCUCAGACUCCACCUUGAAUGCUGUCCAGGUGGUGCUGAGCAAACGACAGAUGCAACUGCAGGAGGCCAGAUCUAAACUGACGAACAGUGAGGACAAAUUUGUGACAAUGAAGAGACAGUUUGAGGAGGAAUACAAUCAGAGACUGCAGUUAGAGAGGCAGGUGAGUAAGUUCAAGGAUGACUUAGAUGAGAUGAGGAAGAAGUUGGAGGAGACCUCGAGGGACAGAGACAGGAAGGGCAAGCAGUUGGACAUUGUCUCCAGCGAGAAGGGACAACUCGAGAGAUUCAGGGAUGAGUUGGUGAAGAGCAGAGAAGAGUUGAUGGGUGAGAAGGAGAAGUUGACGGAUAGUGUGAACCAGCUGCAGAUGAAGAGGGAUGCUCUGGAGGAGAGUGUGGCAGACAUGGAGAUGGAGACCCAGAGGAAGGCCAAGGAGAUCACCAGAUGCACUGAACACAUCCGCAACCAAGACGGCCAGAUGCAACACCUAAGAGAGGAGCUCACAUUCGUCACUGAGGAGAUGAAGAAGCACGUGUUGGAGAAGGAAGUGCUCCAGCAGGAGAAGGCAGAGUUGAACGAGACUCUCUCCCGGACUGAACUGGCCAAAGCAGAAGGGGAGUUGAGCUACAACAAGUUGAAGAAGGAGGAGGCUGCACUGAGGGAUGCUCUGCUGAAGAUGCAAGUGUUGAAUGAGGGAUUGGGACAGGACAAGAUUGAACUGAACAAGGUGAUCAUGGCCCUAGAGGCAGACAAGACCUCUCUCACAAUGGAAAAGGGAGAACUAGAAUUUGAGAAGACAGCAAUUAGGGAUGAGUUGAUGAGGACAGAGCAGGAGAAGAAUGAGGUUGAGAAUGAGAAGAGCAGUGCGGAACAGCAGCUGGCCAUGAGUGAGAACAGCUGUGAGAAGCUGGAGACAGAACUGGCUCAGACCAGAAGGGAGAAGAGCGAUCUGUUUGAACAGCUCCAGAAUGUGUCCCGCAGCAAGGCAGCCCUGUCGGAAGAACUGAUGCAUGCCAAACACGAACUGCAAAAGAGCAGCCAAUCCCUGUCCAUCCUGGCCAAAGAGAAAGAAGAACUGACGAGAGAAAAGGCUAAUAUAGUGACGUCACUCACAGCCAGCGAGCGAGAAGUGAGACAACAGAACGAGGUGAUCGCAGCCUACAAGAGUGACAAGGAUGCACUUGAGAGGAGUCUGUGGGAGUUGAAUCAGGCCAAUAAUAAAUUGGAGAAUACCAAGAGUAGUCUGGAGUCAGAGAAGGCUGAUCUGCAGCAGAAGGUGGAGAACCUACAGGCGGACCUGGUGAGAGUGCAGCGGGAGAUGGAGAUUGAGUUGAGUAGGCGGGAGAGGGAGAAGGAGCAGUUGAGUGUCUACAUGCAGCAGAUGGAGAAGGACCACAAAGUGGCACUCAAGAACGAACAGGAACAGCACCACGAGGAUGUCGACAGACUAGUGCGCGAAAAGGACUCGCAGCGGAAGUUGUACGAGCAGGAGCGUGAACAGCUGCUGCACAAGGCCAAGAGUGAGAUGGAGGAGAGUGAACAGAAGCACGAGAAGACAGUUGGUCAGCUUAAGGAGGAGAUGGCCGCCGUGCACAAGGACAGGGACGAGAGUCUCCUCAUGGCCGAGAACGACAAACAACAGGCGCUUCACUUGGCGGAAGCAGAGAGAGUGCGAAUCACAGACAGACUGAGCAAGGCGAAUGCAGCCAAUGAGCAGCUGAAGACUGACCUGGACGGACUCAAAGCACAGCUGUAUGACACCAUGGAAAAGGCACAGCAGACGGAGCUGCAGAAGGACGAACAGAUCAAGGACCUUGAGAAUGUUCUAGAAGACUCCAAAGACAUGAGUGCGAAUAGUGAGAAGCAACUGAAACAGCAGAUUGCGGUGCUUGAGGGAGACAAGGAGGAGCUGGGCCAGGAGAUCCAUGAGCUGAAGAGUCACUUGGCAGCCGCCGAGGAGCAGAAAGAGCAGCAGAGGAGGGAGUUGGGAGAUGCACACAGAAUCAUCAAGGAGGGUGAGGAUGCACGUGACCUGGUGAGGAAAGAGAACUUGGAGCUGAAGAGGGGACUGAGUAGUGAGCAGAGUGAGAAGGAGGCCAUCAACCAGGCCAACGAGCAGCUCAGAAAUAGUAUCAAGAAGAUAGAACAGGAGAAGACCAAUCUGUUCCGAAAUGUGGAGGAGAGGAACCAGCGCAUCGCCAUGCUGGAGCAGACGAAGAACGAGAUAGUGCGUGAGGCGAAUGACCAGAGAAACCAGCUGAGAGAAGUGGACAAACAGAGGGUGGAGGCGAGAAGAGACGCACAGGAAUGCAGGAGGAAGAUCAAGUCGUGUGAGGGGGAGAUAGCCCAGAAGAGUCAGGAGAUAUCAGAGCUGCACGCCAAUGUUGACAGACUGGAGAACAAGAUUGAAGAUAACAAGAAUGAGAUACACGCUCUCAAGACAAAGCUAGUGGAGACAGAUGCUGGGCGGGAGAGUGCCCUGAAAGAAGUGGCCUAUCUGAAUAGGAAGAGUCAGGAGCUAGAGGAUGAGAUGAACCUCAAAGAGAGAGACUUCAACGCCGCUCUUGAAGAAGUCACGUUUGCAGAGAAGAAGGCAGAAGAAAAAGCUAGACAAUUAGAGACAGUACUGGCAGCUGCCAAUGACGAAAUAGGCCAAAUGAAGAUGCGGUCUCAAGGUGCAGAUGGGCGAAUCACAGCACUGGAGGGUCAACUGGCGAGGACCGAAGGCAACAAGCGGGAGGUGGAGUUCAAACUCAGUCAGCUCCACUCCACCCUCAGGAGGACUAUUGGACUGAGAGUGGGCGGAAGGAGUGUGUCCCCAUGUGGAAGGAGUCACAGCGCAUCCAAAGGUCUUGCCUCGACUGGAUCGCAGAGAAGCAACUCGCCAGUGCGUUCGUGGAGUCCGACCAGACUGGAGAGAUAUGUGGCAGAAGUGGACCCAGAGACAGUGCGGAUAGCCAUGGUGGACUUCAUCCAGCAGCUGAAGGACACAGAGAGGGAGAGGGACGAGUGCCAGGUGGCCAUCAAACAGUGCCAGAGACAGCUGCAGGAUAUGGAGGAGGACAGAAACCGACUGGACCACAGACUGCAACACAUCCAGAAGAGUCUGACAGAGGUGGAGGAUACCAAGAGAGGGACGGACAACAGACUGAACAGUGCACAGACUGCCCUGAUGUUGCAGGAGGAGACCAUCAGGAGGAACGAGAGAGACAUCAAGUAUCUGAAUGACAAGAUAGGAGAACUCGAACGACAACUCAGUGCGGUGGACGGAGAGAGGAAGGCGGUGGAGGAGAAAUUGAUGCAGAUGAAGAAGAGUGGGGAGCAGGUGGAGGCUGAGAGGAAGAGUGUGUGUGAGACCCUGGACUCAAUUGAGAACAAGGCCACUAAGUUGGAGCUGGCCAAGAGGUCCCUGGAGGGAGACCUGCAGAGACUCACGCACCAGUUGAACGAGCGGGACUCCGAAUACGAGAACGUGGUUGGGAAGAACGAGCAAUUGGGAAGACACAUUGCAGACCUGGAGAGCAAGAACUCUUCACUCCAGCUGAGCAUCGACAGACUCACAGUCAAUCUGCAGAGAGUUGAGGGCGAGGAGACCGAACUCAAGGACAAGCUGGCUAACGCCAACCAGACAUUCAACGAGAGCAGCGCAGUCAGUGCCGAGAAGACCCACAAGAUCAAAGACCUCGAGAAACAUCUGGCGGAAUCAGAACACGAGCGAAGACUCCUGCAGGAACGUCUGGACGCCGCAAGGGGAGCUGCCGCGGAUGCGAAGCGACAAGCACAUCAGUUGUCUGAACAACUGCAGCACAGUCAGCACGGAUCGGCCGAACAAGAGGUGAGGAAGAUGGAGCUGGAGGGUCAACUGAGGUCCGCCAAUGUGAUUCUGAAGCAGAAGCAGGAGAAUGAGGAGGAGAUCAUCCACAGACUACAGGAGGUGCAGGAGGAGAAGAAGGCGGUGGGUGAGAAGGCAGCCAUGUUGCAGCGACAGUUGAAUGAGGCGGAGGACGACAGGAGUCAGCUGCAGAAACAGGCCGAGAGACUCGGCAAGGAAAGACACGCGCUCAAAAAGGCACUGGACAAGCUUGACCGGGAGAGGAUGAAGACAGAGGAGAUUGCGACCCAGUCCUCAGUGGCCAGGGCCACUCUGGACCAGACUCUCCAGGCAUUGGACACUGAGAACAGAGAUCUGCAGAAGAAAGUGGAGGAUCUGCAGCAGAUGCUGGCUGACUCAGACCACAAACACGCCAGAAGACUGAUUGAGCUGACGUCUAAACACAGAGUGGAUCAGGACAGGGAGAUGGAGAGACUGAAGAGUGCACAGAGGACUGCUGAGAAGACCCUGGAUUCUAGGGAGAAGGCACACAGGGACAGAGUGAGGACCCUGGAGUCACAGAUCAACUCGCUACGAGAUCAGAUCGAGUUGGAAAUGAAGCGAAAGGCCUUCACCUCCCAGUCAGACAUAGCCAACAUGAGCGGAUCAGUCCAGAACCUCAGCUACACUGGGGCAGCAGACAAGUCCGGAUACUCAGACCAUCACGGGACAUCAGCCGGCGGACUAGACUACACCCCCACCCGACUGACCCCUAGAGCCAGGUCACCCUUCAAGAGGUCGGCACGUGCCAGUCCCCUCCCCCAGUCAGUAGCCAGAUUAAGAGCCGGAAGUCUGCCCAGGUCACGCUCAGAUAUCUCAAAGCUCCACUGAACGUAGAGGGCAAACUACAAACUAGUUCACGCACAAUUCAUCUGAAGCGGUGAAAAAUGAACUGAAUGUUAGGAAAAUGGGCAAUUUUGAAAAUUAAACCCUUAGAAAUCAAUUCUGUUCACGUCCUAGAACAAUUUCAAGAAACGUGACAUAAAAAUGAUCUAUUUUGUGCCUUUUCUGUUUGUCAGAAUAAUAAUUUGAAAUCAAUGUGUAUUUCGUUGUACUCACCCACUCGUCAAAUUUGAGCGUCUUAAAUGAUCAUCAGCUCAUUUGUUCCAUGAAUAUUUAAUGAAUGAAUUUGCCAAAUGGACAAUUGUAAUACCACUUUCUCACACAUAUUUUAUACAUAUUAUGUUCAAAACACAGCUUUGCCUUUGUGCUUGAGUUUAACAUGUUUUACAAAAAAAGUCUGUAAAUAUGGUUGCCAAUUAAACCUUAAAAAUUUUAUUUCAUCCUUCGAUUUGCUGCCGUUUAAUGAUAAUUAACUAAAUUGUAUUGUAAAUAGAUAAAUAACCUGUACAUGUGUGAAUCUCUCCAUUCAAUAUUUUGUCAA